AUGUGGAGAAUGAUGUAUGAGGAGGUGGUGGCUACAUGCACUUUACUUCUCCCCUAUGUUGACGACUACUAUCGAGCAUCACAGAUUGGUGCUAUGAGGGUAUUGGGGGGCCUUGAGAGACCUAAGCAAGGGGACCUGGACUGGUGUUGUGCUGGCCUUCACCGCUGGGCUAAGGGUAUUAGUGAUGGCACUAUGGAUGUUGAGGAAAUACGAUCUCGGGAGCCUCUCAAACGUUCCCUACAGGACUGCAUUGACUCGGUAGUACAGAAGAUAGAGGAUAAAGCUGCUAACAAUGACUUGAUCAUCACCACUGCAUUAGUCCAGCUCGUGGAGCUUCUAGUGACGGCCUUCAAAGAGUAUACUCCAGUGUGUGAACUGAUGAGGAAUUCCUUGAUAUCUAAGUGGCUGUUAAGGAGAGGGAAUUUGAACAGUAUUGGUCGUGUAUUGUUUCUUAUGGAACUGAAUGGUGAGUGA